AUACUACACUUGAAGAUGGAUGUUAUCCAAAGAAAUGAAUAUUAUGAAGUUACCUCAGACCCAGAUAUUCCUGAUGACGAGCAAGAAGAAGAAGAAGAUCCUUCUUUACCUAACCAAAAUGAGCAAAACGAAUUGCAAAAUAUUUCUUCUUGUAAAUCAUGUUCAGCCAAGAAGCGUAAAUCACCUGUGUGGCCCUAUUUUGAUGAAGAGACAGAGGAUAAUCCAGGUUUACCUGUUUGUAAAACAUGUAGUGAAGUAUUUUCAUCAACAUCUGCAACCUCAACGCUAAGGCGUCAUUUAUUAGAUAAACAUAAUAUUAUAGCACCAAAGCGCGGGCAGAAGCUCUUAAAUCCAAACCCUCAUCUGGAAAUAGAACAGAAAGAAAGAGAUAGUUUAGUUCAGAAAUACAAUAAAGGACCAAGUAAUCAAGCUAUUUCAAAAAAAAAAGAUGAAGUUAAGUUAACAUUGAAUCAAGUUUCUGGGAAAGUUGCAUUUACCUCAGACUUAUGGACAGCAUCAAAUGGCAUAUCGUUUUUAAGCCUCACAAUUCAUUAUGUUGACACAUCUUGGAAAUUAAAAUGUUUUCUUCUUGAUAUCAUUCCAAUGAAAGAACAGCACACGGGAAUUAAUAUCGCUAAUGCGUUAAUGGAUAUUUUAGAUGAAAAUUGUAUAUCUGAAAAAACUUUGGCUCUAACUACGGAUAAUGCAUCCUCGAUGAUAUUGUGUGGUACAAUUGUGGCAGAAGAACUUGAGGAAGACUUUAAUAAUUUUGAUUUUUCUCACUAUCG